GGCAUCACUUUACCAAGUAAAGUAAGCUGGGGCUGAAAUUUACAAAAUCAAUCUGAGAAUCACAGAGCAAAGAGAGAAACGGGUGGUAAAGAAUGGGGGUGUUGUCGCCUUAUCUCUCUUCGUGUUCUUCAGUGUUCUCUCAGCUCUCUCUCACCUCCAAGAAUUCACACUCCAAUUUGAACUCAAAGUCGGUUGGAUGGCGUGUGAGAUCGAGUUUGGAGGAUGAGAAUUCCGGUACCGGAGCCUCGGAUAGUUCAUCAAACACAAGCAGCUUAAGGGAAGAUCAAGUUAUAACCUCUCGGCGACUAUGCCUUACAUGUUUAUGUUCAACUAUAGCUUUAAUAAGCCCUUCUGGGAAAUCUUCAUCUAGACAAGAGGCUAUUGCUGCAGAAGGAUACGAGAGGACAGGUUGCCGCAAUUGUGGCGGCAGUGGUGCUAUAAUAUGUGAUAUGUGUGGUGGUACAGGAAAAUGGAAGGCUUUAAAUAGAAAGCGUGCUAAAGAUGUAUAUGAGUUUACCGAGUGUCCUAAUUGUUAUGGCCGAGGAAAACUUGUUUGCCCUGUAUGUUUGGGUACUGGCUUGCCAAAUAAUAAAGGACUUUUGAGAAGGCCUGAAGCAAAGCAGUUGCUGGAUAAGAUGUAUAAUGGUCGGCUAUUGCCAGGUUCUUAAAUUCUCAUAUGCAACCCGUAUACAGCAGAGGAACACCGCAAAACCUGAAAUCUCAGUUGUAGUAGUUUAUAAAUAUUAUACCAUGGUAUGAUUAUCUUCAUUGUAUGAUCUUCAUAGUAUGAUUAUCUUCUUCAUACUUGUGUUAAUUGUUGGCGGCAAAGCAACUUGAGUUUAGAGAAAGAGGAGACCCUGAUUAGCAUUCACACCAGAUUUGUAUGUGAAAUGUGAAAUAUGAGCUCUUUCAGCUGUAAGUGUGAAAUAAGAUUGGCCUAUAAGUGUGUAGCAUACUUUUCCCCUGUAUUUAUAAUUUUGUAACUGGAUAACUUGAGGUUGGUUUCAAUGUUACAAGUCUCUCAUGAUAUUAUUCAAA